UCCCACCCAGGCUGUGCUGCCAGCUCUUGGGAAAUGGGGAUACAGAAGGUGGGUGGUUUUACCACAGCCCACAAGUUCCCCUCAACCCAUCAGGGGGAUGGGUUUUCCUGCAGUUACAGGUUUUAAAACAACCCAGCAAAGAAAUUUUCCAAGGGUACCUCCCCAGGGAAAGCUCAGGAUUGAGCUCUCAUUUCUGUGUGGGUUGUGUCUAUCCUCAGCCAGGCACACAGUAGCUUUCAGACAAGGAAUGAGACUGUGCCAGGCAGAAGGGAAUAACAGGAUUCAAACUCCUGUUUUUUUAAAGCCAAUUAUGUGAAAAUGUGAAGUUGGAGCCUCCUUGGUCACUUAUCCUUUGAUUUCCGGGCUCUCCUCUAGUCUGAAUCUUGCAACAUUUUUUGUUGAGGCAUAAAAAUGAAGUGGGGGAAGCAGAUCUUCCUCACCCUCAGGUCAUUUUAUGACCACCUCAAGCCCCUCUCAGAAGCCAAGGCCAAUGCUGACACCAUUGGGCACGUUUAGGUCCUGCCCAUUUCCACUCCAGAAGCCAAUGGAAUUAUUUUCCCCUGCUUCUGCAGGUCCUACGGGGGAAAAACAACUUGAGUAGCAAGAUGAGCAGGAUCCAGUGCAGGGCCACAACCAUUUGCUGCUGGGGCAAUGCCUCUGUGUGCACACAAAGGCUGCAGUUGACAGCUGUUGAAAUAAAGUUGAGACUUUUCCAAGGAGAUGGUGGUGUGGCAGUGCGGUCAAAGCAAGGGCAAUGUGGAAGGGCAGGAGAUGGGUUUGGCUGCUCAGGAAGCCACAGCUCCCUUCCCACAGCUGGGGAUGCUGAUAGUGGGCUGGGCAGCCCCUGCUAUAGCUGCCCCAGAGCAGUGCCUGGGCUGUGGGCAGGAGGAGGCAGAGCAGCAGGAGAGCAAACACUGGAAGAUCCACAGGUGAGUCACAGUGUCCACAGGGGUGCCACAUCAAGGAAGCCACAUCUGUGCAUGGGAAUCUCUUUUCAGAUGAUUUGUGCUCCUACCUCGUGAAUCCAAAUCCAGCAGAGGGCUCAGCUGAGGUCAGGCCAUGCAGGUCCCUGCCCUGCUCCUGCUCACCCUUGUGGCCCUGAUGCCCCCAGCCCAGGCCUGCCCCUCGGAGAUGAACAAGGUCAAGGACCUCCUGGAGGUGAACUGCACAGGGAAGGCUCUCAGCACAGUGCCCCCAGACCUGCCUGCAGACACGGGCAUCCUGCUGCUCAGUGACAAUCGCCUGCUGUCCCUCUCCACCGCCGCCUUCCUGCCCCUCACCCAGCUGCAGGACCUCGACCUGUCCUUCAACGGGCUGGUGACUCUGCAGACCGAGGACCCGCUGCCAUCCCUGAAGGAGCUGAUCCUCUCCCACAACAGCCUGGGAACCCUGCCCGACCUGCAGGGCCUGCCUGCGCUGACCCGCCUGGCCGUGGCCAACAACAGCCUGGUGACACUGGCCCCAGGGGCUUUCCGCACCGUGCCACAGCUGCAGGACCUGGACCUGAGAGGGAACCGGCUGAGGACACUGCCCCAGGAGGCCUUUGCAGGGCUGGGGGCACUCAAGGACUUGGACCUCUCAGACAACCUCCUGGAGGAGCUCCCCAAGGAGCUGCUGCAGGAUCUGCAAAGGCUGGAGACCCUCUGGCUCUCGGGGAACCUCCUGCGCACCCUGCCCACCAACUUCUUCCCUGAGGGGCACCUCUUCAUGUACGUGUUCCUCACCAAGAACCCCUGGCACUGCGACUGUGACCUGCGCUACCUGCGGGCCUGGAUCCGGCAGAACGACGGCAGCGUUUACCACCCGGAGCGGGGCCUGCAGGAGACCAAGGUGGAGCUGGCCCCCAGGAAGGUGCUGUGCCACAGCCCCGCUGAGCACCAGCAUAAACCUGUCAUGGACUUCCAGCCCGACUGCGGCAACACGGGGGAUGCAGACGAGGGCGGAGAGGAUGACUAUAAUUAUGGGGAAGAAACAGCAGAGAAAAAUGCUUUGACCUCUCUAACCCCACAUCCACCCAUCCCCGAGGAGCACACUACUAUGCCCCAUGCUGUUACCCAGCCUCCCCUCCCUACCACCAGACCUUCCUUGAGCACCCCUUGUACCUCCACUCUUGCCCCAAGCGCUUUGCUUGUGGUGCCCAAAAGCACCAGAGCUCCCAACACCACCACUCCUGCACCAUCCAGUCCUACCAUCACACCCACACAGCCCCCCAGCACUGCUGCUCUCACUGCUGCUCUAACCAGCACCCUGCACAGACCCACCACCCCUGUCUCUGCCACCUCACUGCCUACCCCAAUGGGCAGCACCCCUCCCAGCAACAGUGGCCUGCCCCAAACCACCCUCACUGACACUCUCAUGAUGUCCACUGGCACGUUUCUCACCAACUCCACAGCAGUGCCUUUGACUGCCACGCUAGAGGCCUCUUCCACUGUUAGAUCUUCAUCUCCCCCUUCCAUGUCAGCCACCACCAUGCUUUCCACUCGUGCCCCAACACCACCAGCUCCCCUGGACACCACACGUGUCACCCAACCCGCCCGUUCCCCCCCAGCUGCACCUCCUGCCCUCUGCCCGUGCUCCAUCCCAGGACAGGCAGCGCCUGUGCUGCCUCUGCAGGCAGGUGGGGAGGGUCCACAGUGGGGGCAGUGGCUGCUGAGGCACUGCUGCCUCCUGCACUGGGUGCUCUACCUGGUUUCCUUGGCUCUGCUGGUCCUGACCAUGCUGGCUCUAGCAGGCUGGCUGGCUUGGAUGUGCCUGGUGGGACAACCCUUCUGGUACCGGUCCCUGCAGACCCAGGAGGUGCAGUAUCCCCUGCUGGGGUGGAGGGAGUCAGCAGGAAGCCCCGUGAUGCAUCUCAGCAGCUUCAAAAGCCCCCUCCAGCGCCCCACGUUCUGCACCAUCAAGGAAGUAGAGCUGUGCCCUGAGGUCACCUACUGCACAAUUAAAGAUCUGGGCAUACAGCGCAGUCCUCCUGCAGGUUCCUCCUUCUGCACCACAAAGGAGCUGUGGGUCCACCACAGUCCUCCUUCAGCCAAGCCUUUCUCCAGGAACCUGGUGGUCAGAGACCUCAGCUUCCUGAGGACCCUGUCUGCUUACAGCCUGGACAGGGGUGUCAGUGCCAUGGGUCAUGUCAGAGUGAAAUAUGCUGGCAACACCAUGUAAGUGCUUCUGUAUGCUCAGAGAAAGAGAUGGAGGGUUGUGGCUCUGCUUCAUGUGUGCUAGUUUUACAUGGGAAAGAUCUGCUUGCCCAGAGGGAAGCUAUCCAGCUCCUUCCUCUAGUAUGCUCCAGCAGCCUGAGGUUUCUAGAGCUAAAAUAAUUACUUGGGUAUUUGGCAGGGGAAGAUAAUGUCCUAAAUUGGUCAGUCAUAGUCUGGGGCUGCCAAUGCCUGGUCUCAGGGUGAGGGAGGGCAAGCAGAGCUUCUGUUGCUCUCUGUGUCCCACCUGCUUCUGUCCAAAUGAUGCAUGCAAAGAUGUGCUAUGAUUCCCACUCAGUGCCACGUUCUUAAUCACAUAAUAAAUAUUCUGUGCUUGAA